ACCGCUUGGCAUACAUCGCGACAUGCUUUACGCUGCAACUGCUAAGUUUCUGUCAAUGCCCUCCGUCGCCAAACCGCUUAGGUACCGACAUUGUGCAACUAUGUUACAGUCUCCCGCAAUAUGCUUCUAACCAACGGUAAUUUCAUUGCAAGUAAGCAUUACUGGCCUAGAACUGCCUAGGGGCUAUUUGCUCAACUGGACGACGAUUGUGCGAGUGCUGGCAGAGCGCCGGCAACGUAUCAGCGGCUAAUCAUUAGUCAUAUAUUAAAGGAUGCACCAGAUGGAGUGGCAAGCCCUCCAAGCCUCCGUGUCUGGGGCCGUCGCCGGGGCUGCCGCCGAUGGCAAUGCGAGCCGUCGCGACCGCGACAGCGGCAUGCUAGGCGCCGGCAACCAACUGUAUCCGAGCACCUCCAUUUGGGCUAAACCGAACCUGGGCUCAUUGCAGCAGUUGCAACAAGGACCGAAACAGGUGACGACAGCUGGAGUGAGCCGUACAUUCCACAGGACGGCAGCACCGGGGCUUCAUGGCACCCUCCCAACCCAGUUCGCUCAGCCUCUACCUCAUAUUGAGCUCUGGGAUGAGAAGCCCGUGCGGCCGCUGCAGUUCCCAGCUUCACACCUCGGGCGGCCGCAGCCGCUCCGCUUAGCACAACAGCUGCAAGAGCAUCAGCAUCAGCAGCAGCAGCUGCCAUUGCCGCUGUCACCUCCACUGUCCUUUGCCUUAGACCGGCAACCCCGUGUCGUAUACCCGCAACAACAGCAGCAACUGCAGGAACGGCACCUCCGGCAGCACGAAAUGCUUCUCCAACACCAACACCACCAGCAGCAGCGACAGCUGCUACAGCAGCAACCCGGGAGUGGUCAUCAUUACCACCAACAGCAGCAGCAGCAGCACCAGCACCAGCUACACCCGGAGCAGCAACCGCCGCCGCCGCUGCUGUUUAAGCCACCACAGGAAACCUUUGAACAGCAGUAUGACCACUCUGAAGUGCUGCCAGCCCCGACGUCCCCGUCAUCCCUGCUGCUCCCGGCCGCGGCGGCGGCGGCGGCGGCGGCGGCGCAAUACGUUAUGGAUACCGAUUCGCCGUACAACGCCGACGUGGGAGCAUCCAUGGAAGCUUCCACGGUGCCAGCAGGCGUGCAAGGCAUGGGGGCGUUUCUUGCUGGCGACAGCCAUGCAUGUCUUUCGGAUCGUCGACAGCCCUUGACGCCAAUAUCAUCUUCACUUUUGCCUCCGCCACCGUCGAUGCCGCCAGAUCAGCUGGAUCUCCAUCAACCGCAAUGGAACCAAGCGCCAGACCACUCUCUGCGGCUAACGUUCGAUCCGCUCAUGCACCAGCCGCAUCCUGCCCCGCAGCAGCAGCAACAGCCGCCGCCACAACAACAGCACUACCGACAGCAGCAGCAGCAGCAGCUGCUGCUGCAACAGCUGCUUCUUCAGUGCCAGAGUUCCUUACUGGAAGGCCUGCAGGACUGCGGCCAGCAGGAGCGGCAGCAGCAGCCGUGGCAGCUGCAACCACAACAGCGCUACUCGGAGGCACCCCAGCAGGAGGGUCCUCAUCCAGGCAACACCUGCUAUCCGGUAGCUCUUGGAGCAGCCCAACUGCUUUCCGGGGCCAACUGCUUUCCGGCUCCGAUACCGGGUCCCGGAGAAAUUCGUACGACUUGUACGGCAGGGGGCAUCUUGCGUCAUCCCGGAGCGGCGCCGCCUUGGGCAAGGCGCCCCCGCUCCUCCUUCCUCUCCGCCGCCUCUCACGAACGCACCCGCUGCGAGCCAGCCACAACCGCAGCCACACCGGGUCCUGAGGGCACAACUGCCGUUAUAAUCACCGCAACCACCACAACCACCGCACACAAGAAUGAGCUCCGGAGCCAGUCAGCAAUCGUACGGCAGCGACGGCGGGGUGCUGCAGGCAGCAGCAGCUGGGGCCGAGCCCUGCUACCGUACCUUACCAGCGACCUCAUCCUGUCAGAUUCUCCUCACUCCGCGAAGCCGCAGCAGCAACAGCAGCAGCAACAAGGUCAGCAGCCCCCGAAGAAGCCGGCGACCAAGCGCGCACGUGUGCUGCGGGAGGGGCAACUCAGCCUGAUUGUGUUCGGUUACGAUGAGAAGAUUGUGUGGGCGCGGCGUGUGGGGGGCUUCAUGAGGGCGAUGCGAGGGGUGCUGGGGGACCGCUCGCUGAGGUGCAGGUGGGGCGGCUCCGUGCUGGACUCCGUGGUGGGUACCUUCCUCACGCAGAAUGCCGCCGACGUCCUGUCAAGCGCCGCUUUCAUGAACCUGGCGGCGGCGUUCCCAGGGCCCCGCUCGAGGUCCUUCUUCGCAGCUAACCGGGCAGCUGCAACGCCUUCGUUGCCAACAGCGGCGCCGACAUCAGCUGUUGCGACGACCAGCCAGGCAGCCUACGACACCCCCGCACCCGCCAACACCUCCAUCCCUCUAUUAGCAGCAGCCCCCACUGCAGCAGCCUCGUGCAGCACUGAAGCGAGGUACGACGACACCGCCGCCGCGACAGCAGCCGCGGCGGCAGCGGUAGCGUCUCCGGCACCCCUGCCGUACGGAUUCUGGAUCCCGGAGGGCGAGGAUAUCGUGGACUGGGAGGCCGUACGUACGGCACCCGAGGAAGACCUAGCGGAGCUGAUUCGCUGCAGGGGCAUGCACCUCAUGCUAGCCAAGCGGAUCCAGGCCUUCCUCAACGCCGUACACCGAGAGUCCGCUACUGGUGCUACUGCUGCUGCUGGUGGUGCUGCUACUGCUGGUGGUGCUGGCACUGCUGGUACUGCAACUAGCCAUACGGACUCAGCAGCUGCUCCUGCUCCUGCUGCCGCAACUCCGCGUUCUAGCAGGAAGCAAAAGGGCGGCAGGGCUGCUGGCCAUGUUGGCAGUAGCGGCAGCGGGCAGCGUGACAGCGGCAUCUCAGCGGCCGGUGCCCCGGGCAGCCCUCCGCCUCCUGCUGCUGCUGCUGCUGCUCCUGCUGCUCCUGCUGCUCCGCCUCCUCCGCUUGCUUCCGCCGCCUCGGCUCCCCAGGCGCUUUCCCUUGAGUGGUUACGAGGCGCAUCAGCGGAGGAAGCCAACAGCUACCUGCUAGGAGUGGGCGGUCUGGGUCGCAAGAGCGUGGCUUGCAUCACGUUGCUAGCCCUGCACCGCAAGGAAUUCCCAGUCGACAUUAACGUCGCUCGAGUCUUCGCACGACUGGGCUGGAUCCCGAUCGAGGCCGAAGCCACCCUGGAGCAGCUGGAUGCCUAUCCGCAGGAGCCCGAGGUCCACAAGUACCUGCACGGGCGGCUGAUGUGUUUCGACCAGGAAACGUUGUACGAGCUGCACUACCAGGCGAUCACACUGGGGAAGGUGUUCUGUCAGAAGCGGCUGCCCAACUGCGACGCCUGCCCGCUAGCUGAGCAGUGCGACUAUGCAAGACAAGGAGGCCAGAGGCUGAAGGUGAAGAGGGUGAUGGUGGUUCCGCAGCGCGCCAACGCCUCUCCUGCCGUACACACACAGCGCAAGCCUGCCGUACAUGGUGUGCCCUCCCCUACGGCAGCGGCAGCAGCCAGCGCCCCCGCUCCUCUCACUCCCCUCGCCACAGCGGUUGCGGCUCCAACUGCAGUCCCAAGUCGGCAGCGGGCAACGGCUCCACCCGCGACGCUCAACAGCUUCGUGGGCCUGACGGAGGGUAAGCAGCAGCCACCAGUUGCGGAUCCUGCGAGCAACGUACCGUCGGAUGAGAUAACCCCUCCCAUUCGGGUGCAGCAACAGCAGCAACAGCAGCAACAGUGGGAGGGACAGCAACAACUGCAGCAGAAGCACCAGCAGCCAAAGCAAGAGUGGGAGCCGCUGCAGGAAGGCCAGGAGCAGGAGCAGGAGCAGGAGCAGCGCAGACUGGAGGUCGAGGGCCUUAUAGCGGGGCUUCGUCGCCAUCAGAGCCCCAUUCCGGGCUGCACGGACGAUACCCUGUCCUCGCCUCUUCGCUCGCCUCCUCCGUCGCCUUCCCGUCCUGUCGCAUUGCACGUUGGUCAGCAACAGGGUCUAGCCUCUUUCGGGGUCUCAGUAGCGGCGGACGGUGCUGUAAGGAAGGAAUCUGGUGAGGCGCCGGCGGUUGCUGACUGCGGCACAGCAGCAGCAGCGAUAGGGGAUGUGUUCAAGACCUCGGGGGCAGGUCGCCUCGCUGCGACAUUACUGCAGCCUGUUGCUGCGGUGUUGGGUCCGAAGAAGGUAACGGUAUGCAGCAACACGAGCGUGGCAGCGGCGGCGGAGGGACACGAAGCUGGUUUUGGGGAGGCUGCUGCCGGUUCCGUUGGGAAGGUGGUUGCUGCCGACGCUGCCGACGCGGCUGCCGGCACUGCGUCACUGCCCUUUGACGCAGUGGAAGAGGGGGGAGGAGCGGCUGCAGACGUGUCGUCUAGCCGUACAACCCUUCCACACACCGCCAGGAUGCCUUGUUGUCGUACACGUCGUGCCGCCGCGAUCCAGGCGUCCGCCGGCAUUGCAGCGGUGUAUGCUUCCAUCCACCCGUACCGCCGCAUGCGUCCCGGACCCAUGGGUCAAUCCUCCUCAUUGCCACACUCAGAGCCCCACCACACGGCGCCAGCUGGCCUGCAUGAUGACCCACGGGUCAGUGAUGAUGUUGCAAUGCAAAAAGGACGAGAUGAUGCGAAAGGCGUAAGUACAUCACCGCGGCGUCAGUUGCCAUUUCGGGCAGGUCGGGCACGCUUUGGCAGCGACGACGACGGCAGCGGCAGCUGGGAAGCUGAUGACCGGGCGGACGGUGGGCGGCAAGCCGUCGCUCCAAAACCAGCAUCACGUCAGCAGCAGCAGCAGCAGCAGAGGCGGCAGCGGCGGCGGCUGCAACAGGACGAAGAGCGGCAAGAGGGGCACAUGGGUGAGCAGCGACCACAACCCAAAGAGCUGGACCAUGAACAACAGCAGCAGCAGCAGCGGCGGAAGAGGCAGAAGUGCUCAACAGUCCCGCUGCAUGGGGACAGCGGCAGUGGAGAUGGCGUUGAGCGCGGCAGUACGGCAAGCGCAAUGGCGGCGCAUGAUGGAGCGGCGGCGAUGGCGGCGGCGGCGGCGGAGGCUUCCCUAACGAAGAAGGAAGAAGCAGUCGCCGCUGCCGGCGGCAGCGGUAACAGCUGCGGCGUCUGCCAGCAUACUGGCUGCGUACACGGCGGCGGCGGCGGCGCCAGCAAACAAGGAGGACGAAGCGGAAGGCCCUCACCCUCGCCCUCGCGAUUAUGGGAAGUGGAGCCGCCGCCGCUGCCGUCGCUGCCGCAUGUGCCGGUGUUGCCAUCCCCGGUUGUGGCUCCAGCAGAUGUGGUGCAACCGGCCCCGCUGCAGCCUGCCACGCCAGAGAAGCCGGACUUGUCAUCCGUGAGGGGGUUGCGUGGCGGAGCGAGGGCAGCAGUAGAGACGGGAAAGCAAGCCAACGCAUCUGCAGUGGCGGUGUCGACAACAGCCGUAGAGCCGUUGGCGGCGGCGGCGGUGCAGCAGGUCGCAACGUCCGCUGCGGCAGCAGGGGCAGUAACGGCUGCCGUACCUCUUACCGGUUUUGCCGCCUGGAGUAAUCGCGAGGCGCCCACGGAGUCGGAUCCACGGGAUGCACUACCUGUUGUGGUUUCGGAACCGGGCUGGGAGCACGUGGAGCGGAUUUUAUCUGUCGUACAGUGCGGUACGAUGGCUGGCCCUGCUGCUGGUGGUGAGGCUGCGGGUGCAGCAGCGGGUGCUGCUGCAGGCCUUGCAGGCAGCGCUGCUGCUGCUGCCUCAAGCACCGGGUCUUGGGAGCCCCUGUCGCUGCGGGCUGCCUGCUCGGUGUUGCAGAUGGACGCACCAGCGACCCUUGCCGAUGGCGCCAGCGUCGUACGGCAGCGCUAUUUGGAGCUCAGUGUUGCCGUACAUCCAGACAAGUGCCGCCACCCUCGCGCCGCUGACGCCUUCGCGGCGCUCACUCGGGCAGCCGCCAUCGCCCGCCGUGCCGCCGCCGCUGGUGCUGCCGGUGCUGCUGCUGCUGCUGCUGCUGCGGGUGCUGCUCCCUCACCUGCCUACACUUCUUACGCCGCUGAUGAUGGCAGCGGCAGCGGCUGCGGCAGCGGUCUGACAGCUGAUGCCGCUGCUGACGUGGCUUCGUUGUACUGCAUCGAUCCAGACGGCACCAUUCGCAUUCCGGCGGAGGCGAAGAGGCCGCCACAGCAGCCACCGCCUCGCCACCCGCUGCCUGCAGCUGGAAGCACCGUCUGCAGCGCUGAGACCGCGCAGCAGCUGUUUACAGGGCAGGACAACCCCCUUUCAGCCACGGUUUUUGCGGCUGGGAGCGCGACUGGGACGGCUGGCGUGGCUGUCGCAGAUGGGAUCGCAGCUUCCGGAUUGGGGCCUGAAGCGAUGAGCGGUCAAUUUAUGGUCGUUCAGCAAAGCGUGGGUACCGGCAGUAGUCGCCGGAGUGCUAACGUCAUCGGCGGCGGCGGUGGGCAAUCCCAGCUGGUUGCCUUUGAGCCCGGUGGCAGAGCGGUUGCGAACAAAACCAGACGCAGGGUGACAGGAAUCGAGGUGUCACACGCCGCCAUGCGGAGGAUCGCUCCCGAGCUGAUGGCCUGCUGGGGCUCUAGCGCAGCAGCAGCAGAUGCCCCCUUGCAGCAGCAGCAGCAGCAGCAGGAUGAUGAUGAAGAGGCGCCUUACUUGCUGGUGCUGCUGGCUCCCACAACUCAAGCUCCCAGCUCUCACGGCACGCCUCCCACCCGAAGACCCGACGGUGGGGCGCCACCACCGCCGCCGUCGUACCCCCGGGGGCGGAUCAGCGACGCAGCAUCGACGCCUGUUCCGUAUUCUCUUGCUGCAACUUCGCCGGCUGCUGGCGGCGCCCCGCAGGGACUGUUGCGCGAAACGCACAGGCCUGUGACGAACAACGAUGGCGGUGAUGGCAGCGGCAGCGGCAGCGGUGGUUGUGGUCUUGCGGCGCCCCUGGAGGUCAAUGGAGAUGGGCGGGCUGAGGCCGCGGGAGGGCAGCAUCAGCCCUUCCGACAGGGCGCGGUGACGGCGGCGUUCGCUCGCAAGCCGGCAGGCCCUCAGGCUGCUGCCGCAGCCUUCUGGCGAGUGGCCAGCCCCCACGAACAGCUGUUUCCGGCCGUACAUCGCUUGCAGCAACUCCGGGCGACCCAGCAAGCGCUCCAGCAGCAGCAUCAGCAGCAGCAAGAAGGGCAGCAAGCGGGGGCGCUGCAUACGCAUUCCAGCGGUGAUGGCAACGGCGAUAGCAUUGAGUGUCAGCAGGCUUGCCCGACAGCAGCGGUGGCGGCAGUAAAGGCGGUGACGGUGGCGGCAGCGGAGGUAGAGGUGCUGCUGUCGUUGGAGCUGCACGCUGCCGUACUGAUGCCGUGUCGUACGGCGCUACGUGGGGGCUUCCCGCUCAACGGCACCUUCUUCCAGACCAACGAGUAUUUUCUGCUGGAGAACACUGGCUGGCAUCCCCUGCGACUCAGGCUGGGGCAGUUGCUACUGCUGGGGCAAGCCAAUGCGCCUCCUCAUCCCUCCUCAUACUCACCACCCCCGCCGCCUCUACGAGCAUCACCUUCGGCGGGGCAGAAGCAUGCAGGGGAUGAGGGGGUGAUGGAGGGAUUUCCCGGAGGGGUGUUCCGGGAUGUGUUUUUUGGACACGCUACGUCCAGCAUCACACGCGACAUGGCGGCAGCGGAGGUGGCAGCGCUGUUCAACUGCGGGGCGGUGUGCGUGAGGGCCUUUUGCUGCUUCACGGGCUAUCCAAGACCACUUCCGCAGUUCCUGGCUCCAACAUCAACAUCGAACGGUGCCGAGGUUGGACGAGGCGGUGGAGCCGGAGGUGGCAACCGUCGAAGCACUGCGAAAGCGGUGGACAAAGAGUAAUAUCAAGAGUUGCAGUAGCAUGUAACAAUACGCCUCUCUA